AUGGCGGACACCGCUCUACACAAUGCCCCGAUAGUUCUAGAUAAUGGCAGUGGUACGAUACGCGCCGGCUUCGCGGGCGAGGACCUCCCCAAAUGCUACUUCCCGUCAUUCGUUGGCCGACCAAAACACCCUCGAGUACUCGCCGGAGCGUUGGAAGGAGACGUGUUUAUUGGACAGAGAGCACAAGAGCUACGCGGACUGCUAAAGAUCAGAUACCCCCUUGAGCACGGGAUUGUCACGGACUGGGACGACAUGGAGAAAAUAUGGCAGUGGGUGUACGAAGGGGAAUUGAAGACGCUGAGCGAGGAACACCCGGUGCUGUUGACGGAACCGCCAUUAAACCCUCGAACGAACAGAGAUACCGCAGCACAAAUCCUAUUCGAACAAUUCAAUAUUCCUGCGUUAUAUACGUCGAUCCAGGCUGUGCUGUCACUGUAUGCUUCGGGAAGAACAACGGGAAUUGUAUUGGACUCUGGAGACGGUGUAUCUCAUGCUGUUCCUGUGUAUGAUGGGUUUGCAAUGCCUAGUAGUAUACGGAGAAUAGACGUCGCCGGUCGUGACGUAACGGAGUAUCUACAGUUGCUUUUGCGAAAGAGCGGAUACGUCUUUCAUACUAGUGCCGAGAAGGAGGUGGUGCGCAUGAUUAAAGAGAAGACCGGAUAUGUGGCGAUGGAUCCGCGAAAAGAAGAGAAAGAGUGGUCGACGAAUGGCGGAAAGGCGGAUUCGAAAAUGGCCGAAUACGUGCUGCCAGACGGACAUAAACUGAAGAUUGGCGUUGAACGAUUCCGUGCUCCCGAAAUCCUCUUCGACCCCGAAUUAAUUGGUCUCGAAUAUCCCGGCGUGCAUCAAAUUGUCGUAGACGCCAUUAACAGGACAGACAUGGAUCUUCGAAAGUCCCUAUUCGCCAACAUAGUCCUGUCAGGCGGAUCUACGUUAUGUAAAGGGUUUGGGGACAGACUGCUUCACGAAGUGCAGCGAUUAGCAGUCAAGGACAUGAGGAUUAAGAUCUUUGCCCCUCCCGAGAGAAAGUACAGCACCUGGAUCGGCGGGAGUAUUUUGGCUGGAUUAAGUACAUUUAGAAAGAUGUGGGUCAGCAUUGAUGACUGGCAUGAGAACCCAGAUAUAAUCCAUACGAAAUUCACUUGA